AUUUCGGUGGGGUUGUUUGGUUUGUGGUGUGAAUAAGUAACAGCAGAAUCGUUUCUGACGCUAAAUGAUUGUGUUUUAAACGGAAAUGGAGGAGAUUUCACACACAGAAGAUUUGUUUGACUCAAUUCUAAUGGCUGACGACAGGUUCCAUGUUGAUGGAUACCAUGAAGGAUUUGAAGAGGGGACACGUCAGGGAACAAUAGAGGGCAGAAACCAUGGCAUGCUUCAUGGAGCUAAACUUUCAGCUGAGGUUUCUUUUUAUCAUGGCUUUGCCCUCACAUGGAAGUGUCUUUUUCAAAAUGCCACAGAUGGUAAAGAAAGGAAAAGGUUAAAGGCAGUUGAGUCUCUGCUUGGAAUAAUCCAGAAGUUUCCAUAUGAAGACCCACAAUAUGAAAACCUUCAGGAAGACAUGCAGAACGUGAGGGCCAAGUUCAGACAGGUGUGUUCUUUACUAAAUGUGUCUGUGGACUUCCGUGAAUACAUAUCUGGAUCGGCAGUAAUAUCCUUCUGAGGAGAUGAUAAACUUCGCCAUGAGAAGCAGGACUGUGCUCUAUGCACAAAGCAAGGUCCAUAAAGAUGUGAUAUAACAAGUUUUGUGUGUAGGAACUCCUGUGAACUACACAGAGCCCUGACCUCGAUUUAUUUGUUUAUUAGAAUUUUAACAUCAUGUUUUACACUUUGGUUACAUUCAUGACAGAAACGGUAGUUACUUGUUACAAAGAUUCAUCAGUUCACAAAUUUAAUGUCAAACACAGUCAUGGAGAACUUUGUAUCUCCAAUUCACCUCACUUUUUGGACUGUGGGAGGAAACCGGGGGUCUCGGAGAAAACCCACACAGACACCGGGAGAACAUGCAAACUUCACACAGAAAGGACCUGGACAGCCCCACCUGGGGAUCGAACCCAGGACCUUCUUGCUGUGAGGCAACAGUGCUACCCACCAAGCCACCAUGCCGCCCUUUGUUGAACACCUGGGAUGAAUUAAUACAUUAAUACAUUAAUGUAAUGUCCAUGUAGAGUCUUGAAAUGACCUAUUUCUGAUGUUUUCUGAAGCCAUGGAAUAAAAAUGUCUUGAUUUUUUUAAAUAAAUAAUGUUAACAAAUAAAGUUAUUACAAGUAUUACAAACAAUAUGGUAGAAACGCAUGUCAAUCCUGACAUCACAUUAUGUUUUAAGAACUUUUAAGUAUGUAUUACAGAAACAUAAUUGAAAAUGUAUGCACUGUGUAACAUGUGCUUACAACAGUA